ACCGCGCGGCGUCGUCGACGAGCCGCCUCUCGCAAUCAACUCGCGACAAACGAAACAAAAACGCAUCGCGCGAUUAAUACACGCAGCGGAUCAACGCGGAGCGGUGCGAAUAUUGUGCGCUGGAAGAAAAAUGUGCUUGCGGCGGGCGGCGGCCGCCGGUGGUGUGAGCCGCGAUCGUCAACUGUUUCCGUCGUUGUCACGGCAACUGUCAACAAAUUAAUCGCGACCAUCUUUUCACGCACACGAUUUCCAUUUGUUUCGGUUCAAACAAGUGCAGCAAUCGCUUGGAUUACACACAUUUAACCAACAAAACAAGAGUUUUAAGUUGUAUCAUAAGUUUCUAAUAAGUUCCAAUUGUUGUUAAUGUGAUUUUCCGCGACCAACCAGCUUAAAUGAACGCUUGGUUCAGCUCAGGUGGUACGUUAUUAAGUGCAGGCACGAUUUCGUCACCGUGGACAGCGGUCACAGGACCCGCGGCCGAUGCGAAUGGCCCGGGUCCGGACACGAAAAACCUCGAUGUCGGGGACAUGAGCGAUGACGAAAAAGAUAUGGCGGCGGCCGACGCCGAAGGUGUCUGGAGUCCGGACAUCGAGCAGUCCUUCCAGGAGGCGUUGGCCAUAUACCCGCCAUGCGGCCGACGGAAAAUCAUUCUCUCCGAUGAAGGGAAAAUGUAUGGACGCAACGAGCUCAUCGCGAGGUACAUCAAACUGCGGACGGGGAAGACGCGCACGCGGAAACAAGUCAGCAGUCACAUACAGGUUCUUGCCCGCCGGAAAUUACGGGAGAUUCAAGCCAAACUAAAAGUGGAUCAUACGGUAAAAGAGAAGACGCUGCAUACGAUGUCAACGAUGUCCAGCGCGCAGAUUGUGUCGGCGACGGCGGCGAUGCACGGCAAGCAGCUGCAGCUCUAUCCGCCCACACCUGUCGCCCCGCCGCAAUUUUGGCAACCUGGACUUCAGCCGGGCACGUCUCAAGAUGUGAAACCCUUCUCUCAAAGUACCUAUCCUGGUGGGAAACCGGCAACGGCGGUAUCCAGCGGGGAGGUGGGCGCGUUACAAGCGCCGCCGCCGCCGUGGGAAGGCCGCGCGAUUGCCACGCACAAAUUGCGGUUGGUCGAGUUUUCCGCCUUUAUGGAGUCUACCAAUCGGGAGGAAUCAGUGGGCAGCAAAGACGAAUACCAGAGGCAUCUCUUUGUUCACAUUGGCGGGCCCGCCAUUACCUAUUCGGAUCCACUGCUGGAGGCCGUUGAUGUGCGACAAAUCUACGACAAAUUCCCGGAGAAGAAGGGCGGUCUCAAGGAGCUCUACGACAAGGGCCCGCAGAACGCCUUCUUCCUUGUCAAAUUCUGGGCGGAUCUCAAUACGAACGUGCAGGACGAGGCCGGUGCUUUCUACGGUGUUACAAGCUCGUAUGAAAGUAAUGAAAAUAUGACAAUAACGUGUAGCACAAAGGUGUGCUCGUUCGGCAAGCAGGUCGUAGAGAAGGUUGAGACGGAAUACGCGCGAUAUGAAAACGGACGGUUUGUUUAUCGCAUUCACCGGUCACCGAUGUGUGAAUACAUGAUUAAUUUCAUCCACAAGUUGAAGCAUCUGCCUGAAAAGUACAUGAUGAACAGCGUGCUGGAAAACUUUACGAUAUUACAAGUGGUGAGUAAUCGUGACACGCAGGAGACGUUGCUCUGCACGGCGUACGUGUUUGAGGUGUCGACAUCCGAACACGGCGCCCAGCAUCACAUCUAUCGACUAGUGAAAGAUUAGUAGUGUAAGCGCCGAAUUCCACCCACCACCUCCCCCGAAACACGUACAACGGCGAAGUCCUACUAACGCACCUCUCCGCCCGUUCGAUGUAUGUACUCUAUUUAUGGAUACGAUGUAAGGAAUCAAAUAACAAAUAAGGAUAAACUUUAACAAAAAGAAGAAAUCAAGACGAUGGCGAUCCAGGAUGCCAAUCGCCGUCGCUCGACAGCCUGACACGCAGUGCCUAAUUACACACACCUUUAUUAUAAAAAGAAUGAUAGUAUUAAUGAAUUAGUUUACUGAUGUGCGCCAUAUGGAAAACUAUGAUCCAUGGAGACGAAUUGAUAUCUUAUAUAGAGAGAGAGAAAAAAACGCGUGAAAUUAUGAAUGGUAAUCUCAGUCGCCAACAAUCGGCAUCGUACUUUUUAUUAGUUUAUUGUGAAUUUUAUUUAUUUUACACAACCGGAACCGAUAUUUUUUUACGACGAGAGAACACAUAUCUGUACUUACAAAUAUCAGCAAGUUUUGUGCAAUUUUUACACACACUUUUUGUUUGUAUCGAGAGAAACAAAUUACGAUGAUGAAUGUGAAUGUGAGGUAGCUCGAAUACGGAAACACUUGGCCGAACCAAUGAAAUUGGUUGUGAGGGAAAUUGCAGCUGAAAUUGUCCUGGAUGUAGACGUAGCAGAUAAACAGAAUUUACACGGUUGGGGAGAGAGAGAACUUUUUCUAAAUUUAAAUGUAUUAUUAAGAAUUUAUUGCAAUCGCCGGAGUAGAAGACAAUGAUACUGAAACGGAUUGCAGAUGACAAUAAUUCGAUCAAUAACAAUUAAACAAUAAACCAAGCGACGGAGCACAGGUUGUAAGGUGUAAAUUGUAAUGUUGCCGCCGGAAUAAGCGCAAAUAUCAAAACACACACGCUACAAAAAGAUACGAUACAGAAAGAGAAAAACAAGGAUACUGACAAAAAUUACAACAAAAUUAAACAUUUCGCUAUUAAUACAUAUUUAUGUGAUGAUUUUAUAUACAUAGAUUUAUAUAUAAAUUAUAUAAAAUAGAUAUAUUACGAUUAUAAUUAAUGAAAUGAUGAUUGAAGCGAAUGCGCAACUGAAAAAUGAGAACAUGACCAAGACGUAUAUCAACACUUUUGGAGCGAACAGUAUUGGCGGUUUAAUUAAUUGUUUAAUGCGAUUCCUGGCUUUGUGUUCAUCAAAUCUUGGUUUUAAUUUUGCCGAGCAGCGAAAGUGUACUUUAAAUAAUUUUUUGCUAAAGUUUAUUUGAUAAAUGUUACGCGAGUACCUUUUUUAGCGGAUAAUGUAAGCGACUAGCAGCAAUUCUAGAUGAUGAUGAUGAUGCGGAGGAGAAGAUGAUUACAUGAUGAUAAUCGUAUUAGACUUUUGCUAUUAAUUUUAGAUUCAGCGCAGAAUAAUAUAUCGUACUGAGAGUUUCGUUGCAAUAGUAUUUUUUACACGCAAAUUUGGUGCAAUCUUCCGUGGUCUAAUCGAAAUUGAGAUGUUAAUCAACGUGAAGAUGAUAGAUAAACUGAGAUUGAAGUUUUGAUUAUUGAUUGGUACUCAGAUUUUAUCGAUAUGUAUAACAUAUGAUUUUAUUGCGAUCAAUCUCGUAACGUUUUGUGGCAAUGAUUUUUUUGUUUUCUUUUUUUCUUUGAUUUUUAUUUAAUUUUAUUUUCUACAUAUUCAGUUCGUUUACACAAUGAAUUAAUAAGAUAUCGAUUUAUUAUUUUUGAUCUCUAAUUGUAGUCGGAUUAAUGUUUAAUUAUAUUUUUCGGCAGUGCAUAAUUUAGUUUGUAAGCGAGCGAACGAGAAAAAAGUACUUUUAUACGAUGUGUAUUUUUAAAAAAUCGGCCAUUUUAUUAUUAUUACAGACUUAGCGUUAGUAUCUAAGUUCGAUUACAGAUUUACGUUUAUCGAUUAUGUAAGCAAUUGAUUAUGUCCUAGGUUAAUUAAAGAGCGCAUCAACUACUAUAUAGCAGCAGCACCGAAUCAACGACUACAUGCUAGAUCUUUUGUGUAAAUACCGAUUUUUGUAAAAUUCGUAAAACACACACACACACACACGCAAACAAACCAACAAUUUUCGUGGCGGCUUAAAUGAUAAUGAGGGACGAUUUUUAAAACGAUUCGAUGAUUCGUUACGAUGUUGAGCUACCAUAUCACCGGUUGCCAUAUCAUGUAAUUACAUAAAAAUGUAGAUGAAUUGGACGAAAACAAAAUACGAUUAUUAUAUUAUUACGAAAGAAAUUAAUACAAGAAGCGAUUGAAGAAUUAUUCUAUACUUCUCGAUCUUUUAUCUGUAUGUGUACAGUAUUUUAAAUGAAAUUGAUAUAAAAAAUAAGAAAUU